AUGGUUAAAAUCAGAGAUGAUGUACCUGAUGGGGAACCUUGUAUUAAAGCUUUUACUUUCCAAACAAGUUUUUAUGGGUUAAAUUCUUGGGAAAAACGUCAAACAGAACUUUUUCGUUGGAGAAGAAUUUUAAAUGAAUAUCCAGAAAUUAAAGCUUUUUUGGCUGGAAUAUUUUCCCCUUUUUUAAUUGAUCAAAGAAAAACUAUUGCUCCUUCCUCUAUGCAAUCUGUUGGUUCUGCAGUAGCCGUAAUGACUUUAAUUUCUUUAUUUUUUCUUCCGGAUAAACAAUCUGUUUUUGUUAUGUCCUUUUCUUUAAUUUCAAUUUCUAUGGGUGUUUGUGGAUUUCUUUGUCUUUGGGGGUCUGAAUUAGAUUCUGUCUCUAUGGGAUGUUGGUUUUUUUUUAAAUUUUUAUUUAAAUUGGUUUAA